UUUUCGUUACCCAUCAUGGUUGAAACAGCAUAACGUAGAAGAAACCGAGGGAAGAGAAGGAUAGAAGAUGUCGUAUGCCUCUUUUUAAAAGAGAGAAAGGCGACUAUUACUCUUCUUUCAAUCGAUGAUCGAGUCUCUCUAAAGAGUCCAUUAUUGAAGAAGACACACUGUAUAUAAGAUACAACAUAUACACAGGCAUACAUACAGCAGCUACGCUACACACGGUGCCAUCAACAGGCACGGUGGUAAUCAGUAGUGUUGUUUAAAACGUCACGGUGCUCCGCAAAUUGACGUUAGACGUGUACGCACGAAAGUGAGGGCAGCGGUAUCUUUUUUUUUCCAACGCUAACGUUAACGAUUGAUAAGACCUCGCGUUCAACGUCAACGGAUUAUUUAUUAUGGCUGAUCAGGAAGACGUUCUGACGAUAUUGAAGAUUCUUAUGAUAGGCGAAUCCAACGUAGGAAAGUCAAGCAUACUCCUGAGGUUCACUGAGGAUGAGUUUCACGAGAACAUGCAGAGUACGGUUGGGAUGGACUACAAGACCAAGCAGGUCACCAUUGACGGCAACGUGGUGAAGCUUGCAAUUUGGGACACCGCUGGCCAGGAGCGAUUUCGCACCUUAACACCUAGUUAUUACAGAGAUGGCCAGGGUGCUAUCUUGAUGUUUGACGUUACGGAUCGAAAUACCUUUGUGAAAUUGGAAACAUGGCUCAACGAGUUAAAUACAUAUUGCAACAAAACAGAUAUCGUCAAGAUGGUAGUAGGUAAUAAGAUAGAUCUGCCAAAUAGAGAGGUGAGCACGGAGGAGGGUCUGCAGUUCGCCAGGAGGCAUCAAACUUUGUAUAUCGAGAGCAGCGCAAAAACUGCGGAUGGUGUCAAAUGUUGCUUCGAGGAACUCGUUCAAAAGAUAAUACAAACGCCUGGACUUUGGGAUACUCACUCUUUGCGAUUGUACGACAACGGUACUAUGGGUGGCGCGAGGCACCGAAUGGGAAAGAGAGGCAUGCAGUUGACCGAUAAUCAUCAACAGCAGGAUGCGAACUCAAACUGUUACUGCAGUUUACUAUAAUUAACUGUGAAACGUUUGUGCUCUUACAACAAAAGUGUAUACACAAUGUGUUAAGUUUGAAGAUCUUGCGUGACAAAUAAAUUUCAAGGGGACAUUGAGUGUAAUGUGGAAGGGUUAAAAUGUAAUAGAUCACAUACGUACACACUUUAUAGUAUUUCGAAUUUACGAAACUUAUCCAGGGGUAAGCAUGUACUUGUUUAUAUCACGUGUACAAACUGUCGUUAAAAAUUAAGUUGAAUCUGGCAUAUAGAAAUCUAUGACAUCAAGUAAAAUUUUGUGUUCGUAUAAAUAUAUUUACGAAUGCUAAGAAAACUUUUGUAGCACGCACACACACACACACACACACACACACACACAUUCACUAAGUAUUUGUAUGGAGACAUUAGUUGAUAAUCUGUCCAUCAUGUAUUUGUACAAGUAAAUUUGAACAUUUUUAUAGUCUUUUUCGAUUAUGUUUGUCGUUUUAUAUUUUGCACAAGACGUACGCUUGACGCAUAGUGUUGUUACAUUAAAAAAAUAUGUAUUAUACAUUGUAAAAAAUGUAUCUAAGAUUGUUGCUUUGUUACUUUGUCUAUUGGGUACUAAUUUCUAGGUUUUAACAUAUAUUUUUUAAAUCUGAAAUAUAUACUCGCCAAGAGAAAGCGGUGAGUAUAUAUUUUACAGAGAUUUCGAUAUAUAAUUACGUGGUACAUAGUGAUAUAUAGUGUAUCCCAGAAUUCGUGCAUACUGAGUGCGAUUCUUUGCCAGAAGAAGCAACUUUUUCCUCUUGCGAAAUUGCGUUUGAGCAAUAAUUUUUAAUGGGAGCAAUUUAAAGCUAGCCCAGGGAGAAACAACAAAUAAUAAACGUCUAAUAAACGUUUAUCGACGUCUAUUAAACUUCAAGUUGAUGUGUCUGUUCUCUCUGGGAGGUAACCAGACGCGUUGCUCCGUGUGAAAACGACUGACUCAUAAUCAGCAGUCCCCGAGAUCUCAAUUUAGGGGUUCCCAUUAAUUUAAAGCUCUCGAAUAAGUUUUAAAUUACGGAUGUUUUAUUAUUUCUCUGAAGCUUUUUUAUCAUCAAUUAUACGUGAUGCCUAAUAAACGAAACAUCAUUAUUUAGAAUACAACUUAUUUAAUUGCAAACAGUUAAUAAUUCUAUUAAUUCGAAUAACGUUAAAGAGAAUAUUGCCAGUAGGAGCCAUCACUAGAUACUCGUGUACAAGAACUUUUAGAUUAUGUCAAACGCGUUGCAAUGCGAACGCAAUUGAAAAUAUGUACAUCGAGUACGCAAAUAUUAUUAAAUAUUAUAAAUCUUUUAAUUAAUUCUCUGAAGCAGCAAUUGAAAGUAAAAUAAAAUAAGUAGAUUAAAUACUAAAUAUUUUCACAUCUAAAGAUAUGGAUCUAAGAAAGGCUAAUUAAAUGUGAAAAAAACCCAUAAAAAACAUUGUUUAAACUUGUCAAACAAAGGAAAAAAGUUGCUUCUUUUAACACAGAAAAAUGCAUUGUAAGUUUGAAUUAUGAGAUACC